UGCUGCGUUGUUAUCCCCCCUGAGGAUGCUCUUCUCUGCGACUAUCGGCAGAGAUGCUGUCUCAAUGAGCCCAAUAGAGUGUGGCACAAGCAAGGGGAGGAGAAAGGCGAAGGACUGCGAGGCCAUGUCUAGUGCGAUUGGCACAUCGGUCGGGCAGUCGCACGGCCGGGGCGUUCGAGCGUAGCUAUCUUCUCCAUCGCCUGCACAGAACACGGCUUGCUUCCCGCGUCGACCGCGUAGCCUAUGAUGGCCAGGCUCUGUGCUGCUGCUAUAGUCCUGGUUAAUGGAUGGACUUGCUGCUGCAGCACAGCAGCAAAACUUUCUAUAACAAGAGGUGCCCAACGUUCAAUGCGGACGGAUGCGCGUGGAGACAUCAGCAACAUACCCGACUACGCGCUAUGGCGGGCGCUGCCUCCGGAAAGACGGCGCUGCAUGUCUGUGGUUAUCAGCUGGUGGUUGUAGCAUAAUGAAUUCCACCAGCAUGGCAGGCAGGUAAUCAAUGAGCCCGAACCUGGCGCAAGGAUGUUGCGAUAGGGAGAACCGGAUGAGGGGUGUGGGGUGGGUGGGUGGGUUGAGAAUUCCGAUGCUCUGCUGUCCAAGAAGAACGGGAACCAGCGUUGGUGCAUUGGAGAGUUUUCGGCAUGCGUCUCUACCGCAGCGCGUGUGCUGUCCUCCACCGAGAUAAUGCGUGCAGAACAUGGGGUAUCAAUGGUGUCGAGUGUUGCCUGCGUCGCCAGCAGGUGUUUGUGGGUGUCGUUCGAGUGGCCGUUGAUGUCUUUGUUGGCAACUGAGCUGCGUUGGCAUGGGAGGGGUUUGCUGAACCAACCAAACAUGAGGAUGGCAUGAGUAUAGCGAAAAUUGGUACGAACACACGUUCGAGAGUCAAUUGCAAGCCACGGUGCCCAAUAUUGCGCACUCGUCGAGCUGUUUGGCAUGGUUGGAGCGUCCGGUAACUUGAUUCUAUUCUUCUUCUCUGGCCGGAGUUUCUGUUGACGCGUGUUGGACACGGGCGCAACGAAAGGAGCUCAACCGACGGAGGAGGCAUGCAUUGGCCACAUUGCCGACGGGA